AUGGACUUUAGUAUUUUAUUAGAAAUUUUUGAAGAAUAUCAAAAAGCUGGAGUUUUUCUUCGUUUGAUUAGUCUUAUAGGCUUUCUUUAUCUUUUUACUUUUGCUUGGUCAUUAAAAAAGCUUAUAUACGAAAUAUUUCUUGCUAAGGGACUUCAAUUAGAGAAAUUUCAAACAAGGUCAGGUGCCUGGGCAAUUAUUACAGGUGCUUCAGAAGGAAUUGGCCGUGAAUUUUCGCUUCAGCUUUCUGAACGAGGGUUUAAUGUUAUUAUAAUUUCUAGGUCUAAAGAUAAGCUUAAAGCUUUAUCGCAAGAAAUAGAAAAUACCUAUGCAACUAAAACAAUUGUUCAUACUAUGGAUUUUUCAAAGUUAAAGGAUAAAGAUUAUGAAGCUUUGAACGAGAUUAUUCGGGAUCUAGAUAUAAAGAUUUUAGUAAAUAAUGUCGGGUUAUCUCAUCAAAUGCCAACACCAUUUUCAUUAACUUCUUCUUGUGAAAUUUCUGAUAUUAUAACAAUUAAUUGUAUAGCAACUCUUAGAGUGACAAAGCUUGUUAUUCCCGGAAUGAUUAGAAGAAAAAAUGGGCUUAUAUUAACAAUGGGAUCAUUCAGUGGAAUUUUUCCUACGCCUCUUUUAAGUACAUAUUCAGGAAGCAAGGCUUUUUUAACAACAUGGAGCCAAGCAUUAGCAGAAGAAUUAAAACCUGAAGGUAUUACUGUUCAAUUGCUGAAUUCAUAUUUUGUUGUUUCAUCAAUGUCAAAAAUUAAGAAACCAUCUUUUUUUGUUCCUACACCCAAAUUGUUUGUAAAAACAGCUCUUCAAUCAGUUGGUUUACAAAGAGGAGCAUCUACACCCUACACCACGACACCGUAUCCUUCUCAUUCUAUUCUAAAUUGGCUUUUAGAGAAUGUGGUUUUCAAAUUAAGUCGCUCAUAUUUUCUCAAGCAUAACUUAAAAGUGCUUCAAAAGAUUCGAAAUAAAGCUUUGCAGAAACAAUUUGCUAAUAGCACAUAA